AUGGAAACGCUUCUAACUGUACAGAGUGACAAAGCAGCGGUUGAUAUAACGAGUAAGUAUAGUGGAGUGCUCGUUAAAAGAUAUGCUGAAGAGAAGGACAUAAUUAAAAUUGGGUCGUACUUUUGCGAAAUUGAUACGGAGGAUGAUAUUGUGGAGGAGGCAGGAGAGGAGGGAAAUGGUGAAGAAGUGGCAGAUCAUCACGCGGAGGGGAAGGUAGAUCUAGAUGGGCCACAAUCAUCACCUGAAGUGAAGCAACAAGGGAAUAAAGUCUCGACUGUAAAGGCAUCCCCAGGGGUUAAGAAAAAAGCCCAAGAGUACAAACUGGACGUGGAAGCGAUUGGAAAUUACUUUACUAAAGAUGCCAUAACGAUGGAAGAUGUGGAGCUGUAUCAUCAGAAGGUGAAAAGCGGAGAAAUCGGAAGUACUGGAACUAAUUUGGAUGGGGAGAUCAUGGAGGAAGUACCACUGAAGGGUAUCAAACUAGCCAUGUGUAAAAGCAUGAACGAUUCGUUGAGUAUCCCCCUGUUUCAUUUAAACGAAAAAUACAACGUGCAAAAUUUGAUAAGUGCCAGAAGUGAAAUAAAGAAGAGCGUCCUAGAGAAGGACAACGUAAACGUGACAUUAACGAGUAUUUUAAUCAAGCUGAUUUCGACUGUGUUGAAAGACUUCCCAUUGCUAAACUCGAAAUUUGAUUCACGAACAAAUACGUAUACUACUUAUAAGAGCCAUAAUGUGUGUGUCGCUAUGGAUACCCCAAAUGGUUUACUCGUGCCAAAUAUAAAAAAGGUGGAGUCAAAAAAUAUGGUUGAAAUUCAAAAGGAGCUGACUUCCCUACGUGAUAAAGCCAUGCAGAUGAAGCUCAGCAAAAGUGACAUCACGGGAGGUACCAUCACAAUUAGCAAUUUUGGAGUAAUAGGAGGGACCUUUGCCACUCCAAUUGUAUUCGACAAUCAGGCAUGCAUAAUUGGAUUGUCCAAAAUUCAGAAGGAGCUGUUUUUAAAAAAUGAGAAGAAAGAGCUAACAGACUUAUCAGACAUCCUUGUUGCGGACACGAUGAACUUGACUUAUGGCGCGGACCACAGGUUCGUUGACGGGGCUACGCUGGCUCAGUUUUCGAAGAAGCUGAAGGAGGCCGUGGAGGGCAUCUCUUCGCUGGACCCGUACGCGGUGUAG